AGGCACCGCACUCUGUGUUGACAUCCAGGAUGCAGUCCCAAACCCUUCUCGCAGUGCUUUCUGCAGCCAUUCUUUUCCAAUCUACUAAUGCUCUUAAUGCGUGCCCAGGCACCGACACAGUCUUUACCGGUACCCAGGGAAUUAGAUACCGAGUAUGUCCGGGAACCGACCUCACUGGUCCUACAGUCUCAGUUACACCCAAAGUCGCUUCUGUCACAGCAUGCGCAAAGCUCUGUGACAAGAGCAUGGACUGCUUCAAAGCUGUUUACGACACACAGACAAAGGACUGCCACUUCAAGGAAAUCGCAGGUUUGAACUGGGUUACCAACGAUCGAUAUCAAGUAGUUCAGGCUGAGCAAGUUAACAUUGCCCGCUGCCCUGCAGGAGAAUGGACGUACGGAAGAAACAAGAAACGAUACACCGUUUGCCCGGGCACUGAUAUCCGAGGACCAACCGAGAAGUUGUUUCGAGGUGUUGCAGACUUCGAGAAAUGUGCUUACCUCUGCGCAAACUGGGCAACGUGCAAGGCAGCAGUCUACGACAAAGCCGAGUCUGUUUGCCACAUCAAGGCUGAUGCGCGUUCCAACACAUUGAUCUGGUCCACAGACAAGCGUUUCGAUGUCAUGCGCCUGAUUGAACCAUCUGCCCCUGCACAGAACGGCGAGUGGUCUGAUCUUAUCCAUCUGCCAGUGAUUCCUGUUGCUGCAUAUGUUGUUCCAGAGUACCCAGUCUCGCAACGACUGCUUGUAUUCUCUAGUUGGGGUGUUGAUGCCUUUGGCGGCGCUGGUGGACGUACACAGUUUGCCGACUACAACUACCAAACGAAAAUGGCUCGUGGCUACCAAUCAUCCUGCACUACAUCUGACAACCGCAUCUUCACCAUCGGAGGCGCGUAUUCUGGCCCCCGCAUGGGCAAGGAUGGCGAAGUCUACGACCCUGUUACCAACACGUGGACUGCUCUUCCAAACUCGAAGAUUGCCCCAAUGCUUACCACGGACCAUGAAGGUAUUUGGCGCGAGGACAACCACGCAUGGCUCUUUGGCUGGAAGAACAAGUCCGUAUUCCAAGCCGGACCCAGCAAGGCCAUGAACUGGUACGGAACAACAGGCAAGGGUUCUCAGGUGGCUGCUGGUAUCAGAGAUCCUAUUGAUGAUGCCAUGUGCGGUAUCUUUGUCAUGUACGAUGCCACUGCUGGAAAAAUCUUCAGCGCCGGUGGUUCUUCCGACUACACUGACUCGGAUGCUAAUGCCCGUGCCCACAUCACGACCAUUGGUGAACCCAAUACUCCUGCCAAGGUCGAGCGUGUCGCCGAUAUGACCUAUCCUCGUGGUUUCUCUAACGCUGUUGUUCUGCCUGAUGGUUGCAUUCUUGUCACCGGUGGUCAACGCCGCUCCAAGGUAUUCACCGAUGAUGACGGUGCCCUGUACCCCGAGAUUUUCAACCCUGCGACCAAGACCUGGAGGGUCCUAGCACCAGAAGCCGUACCGCGCAACUACCACUCUGUCAGCAUCCUACUUGCUGACGGCCGUGUCUUUAGCGGCGGUGGUGGUCUCUGCUACGUUGCCCAGGGAGUCGGACGCAGCUCCGCCAACUGCAACAAGCUCGUCGAUCACGCUGACGGUCAAAUCUUCUCUCCACCCUACCUUUUCAACCAGGAUGGCUCCCCAGCCAAGCGUCCUACCAUCGCCUCUCUCAGCGCCCAGAGUGUCAAGGUCGGAGGCACGCUUACCGUGAAGGUUGAUGCAGGUACUACAAACGCAAGCCUUGUCCUCGUCCGCAUCGGUAGCGUCACUCACUCUGUCAACACUGACCAGCGUCGUGUCCCCCUGAACAACGUCCGCGCCAACGGCAACAGCUACACCGCCACCCUCCCCAAUGACAGCGGUAUCCUCAUUCCCGGUGCCUACUUUCUCUUCGUCAUCUCCGAGCAAGGCGUCCCCAGUAUCGCACAAACCGUGCAAAUCGUCUUGUAAGGAAAGAAUAUCGACUGCUUGAAGGAAAGCACUACGAACAUGUUUCGAUAAUGCUCAUGUGAAGAAAGGAAACGGGAGAAAAAACAAUGUUACAACAAAACAAGAACCUGGAUGUCAAACCUACGCUCUUUAUGGCCCGCCUUUCACUUUUUACCUCUCGAUCCUACGUACUACGCUCGCUCGCUUUUGUAUCUUACCUGCCAGUCCCUCAUUGUAAGCUCCGUAACGUUAGUAGAUAAUGUUAAUUUCCAAUCAACUCACCCAAU